AUGAAUCAGUUGAAAUUUGUUAGAUCAAAGAGUACAACAAGAUCGAGUCCUUUGAAAAGGAUCCACUAAAAAUUAAGAUAAGUUUAAAAGCCUGGAAAACUGAAUGUCAGUGUUGGAAAGAGCAGAGAAACAUCUUAAAAUAAGGAAGUAAUACAUGUAUCGACUCCAAAGGAGAAGGUCGAGAAAUUACUCUAAUAAUUGUCAAUAUAUCAAAAAAAUUCGAAAAAGUCAUACUUAGAAACUCCGGAAAGAACCCAAUCGUUCGUUCCUUUGUCACAUGAAAGAAACUUAUUCAACGAAUCUAUUAAACUUUAAGACUCCGCUUAUGGAUUCUAUAAUAACAACAUAUACCACAAAAAUAAACAGAACAAUUAAGUCCUUAAUCUGUAGCCUAAAAUGGAAGAAAGUACAAUAACAGAAAAAUUAGAUGCUUUUUAAUUGAAAUAAUAAAAAAGGAAUUCCUCCGAUCAAACCACCUUUGAUUAAUAAUCCCCUUCAAAUACUAUUUAUGGAAAUGCCACCAUCUCCCAAUUCUACUAUAAUAAAGAAAUACUAAAAUAGAGCUAUUCAAUUAAUUAACAACAAAAUUCUGAUUAAAAACAAUAGUAUUUCUACAAAUAACCAUAACUUCCAUAAAAGAAUGGCCCACAAAGUCAAUCCCACUCUCGAAACAAUUCAUUUAAAAAUCAAUCGAAAGAAAAUGCAUACAAUGCAACCUCUCAAGAGUAACUCAUUAAGAAAAAGAAUGAAUCUAAAAACGAUUAUGAUGAAAUAAUCUUAGAAAUCUAUCCAUAAUUCUUGAAGCAAUGCCAAUAGAAUGCAAUUACAAAAAAAACGAUAGUAGAAUAGACAGAAGAGGAAGAGCACUUACCAACCAAAUUGAGUACUAAAUCCCCAUAAUAAGUCCAACUCUAUAGUGAAUUAUUAACUGACAAAUCUUUGGUUUUAGUUUCGCCCAAAGUAGUGAAGGACAUGGAAAUGCAAACUAGUUUUACUUAACCUAUGAAAAUAUCUCAAGACACUUCUGAAAAACCAACUAUUUCAACUUAAUUUCGACACUGUGAAUGCAUCUGUUUAGACUAAAUUAAAAAAGAAGAAUCUUGGAUUAUUCCAAUAUUAAUUUUCAUAUAUGUCACCGUAGAACAAUAACAAUCGGUAAGAUAUUGA